CGCCAUCGUUUCUUUGACGUCGAUGCUCGUCUUAACAACGUUGUUCAGCCAAACGUCGUCUCAGCUCCCUCGAACGUCUUAUUUCAAAUUGGUGGAUAUCUGGAUGUUUGGUGCUAUCGGCUGCAUCUUCAGUAUCAUUGUGACGCAGACUAUUAUCGACUUCGUGUACGACCCUCAGGAGCCAUUGCCUGUGAUCAAGGAACCAUCACAUUUGGUCACUGUGGGAAAAGUCCGCGUCGGGAGGUGGCACAUUGGCAAACCGAAAGCCGUCGUCAUAAUGCACGCUGCCAGGAUGGUCUUUCCCGUGCUCAUCACUAUCUUCAUUCUCUCUUACGUCACCUUCAUAGCUGUUCAGGCUUGAUUUUUAAUGCUGAUGUGAUAAAUGUCUAUAAACUUACCGAAUAUGUACAAAUUUUUACUGUUAUUACAGGUA